AUGGUCGACUCUCUAUCGCCCAUCGCGCCGGCGCGCGUUCGGGCACUCCUUCUUCCUGUGGGAAGGAUCAAGCGGGCCAGCUUUAGGACUUUUACCAGUCUGAUCCAGGCUGAGAAUGCGGUGCGCUUGGGAGAUGUCAGCCCAGACCCUCGCCCUGACAGGAACAUGUUUUCUCCCCUCGCUUUUCCUGAUGGUCACGUGUUAUAUGAGAUGUCAACUUCUCAGUCGACUGCCUCUCAGCUCUCGUUGUCGCCCUUUGAAUUGUUCAGAGAGCCUCUGGUCAUCAUUGGAGUUGCCGACGGUAAAGAGUACGAAAUCUCGACUGGUCGUGUUGCAAAUUCUUCCGAGACUUCUGGGGUUGAUGAUUCGAAUGUCCAUCAGAUUCGGUCAGAGCUUCGAGAUGCAGUAGAGCUUCUUCGUGAGCGGUACUCUAGAACUCUGGUCAUUCGCCUCUUCAUGUUCAACCACCCUGCUGGUAUAGGCGAGGAAUGGCUUCCACAGGAAACAGCUGUCAUACCUCCUGUAGAGCAACUCAAAAUUACUACCAUGAAAACAGUCAUGUGUGAUCUCACCAGUAUGCUCCUUGCAGAGAUGACAACACUGGCAAGAUCAUACCAAGCCCUUCCAUCAAUAGCAUCACCGGGUCCUGGCCCAGGCGGUGCACCCACGGGCAACCACUCACACUCAUCGAGAGAUCCACCACUACUCAUGCGGAGCAAUUCGCAGUUGACCAAUGGAGUCCAUUCAGCUUCGCCAGCCCUGGAUCAACAAGCUAGCCAUCAUAGGCUCUCGAUGCCUGCGCACCUCCCUUCCUCGGUAGCUUCAACUCCGUUAGACGACUCUCGUCCUGGGACACCUGCCGAUGGUACUCGAACGCCGCCAGUGACCUUCGAUGAGAUUGCCGGACCUGGCUCUACUGAUGAUGGAAGCGGCUUAGCCAGCUCAGUUACCCUUUCGCGUGCCUCGAGCGCUUCUCGGGAAGCAAGUAGAGAUCGUGUCUCUGUCCACGGAUUCGGUUCAGGUAGUGUAAGUGAACGAGCUCGAAACAAGGGCAAGGGAAGAGUGGGCAUAGUCCUUGGCAGCAUUUACUUGCUCGCUGGCCGCUGGCAUGAUGCCAUGCGGGAGCUCGUGGAUCACACUUCAAAAGCCCGCGCCUUCAGCGACCAUCUAUGGCACGCCAAAGGUCUGGAGAACAUACUUGUGUGUAUGCUCCUGCUGCUGUGGGCUGGUGUAGAUUUUAAGAUCCCUCAGAUUUGCUAUCCGAUUACGGGCAAGGCGCUCAGUAUCAGGUCAUCUGUGCAAACACCAUCGGCAAGCGAGAACGACCUAUCCACGCUCGGAUCCCCUAAGUCUUCGGCGCAGGGCGGCGCGGCACGGCACCUAGCUGAUCUCUUGCCUGAAUUAAUUGACAUGAUCUUAAAUAUCUACGGCCGCGCGGCGAACUUUACUGGCGAAGCAAUGCCGCAGCUCGCCAUUGCAGAGUGUACCAUCCGCUCCGCCAAGUCACUCGCAGCGUUGCAUCUGGCUAACGGAGUCUUGAGCGUUGCCGCGCUCGACCACUUGGUAAGAGGCGUACCGUUCGAACCAGCUCCAGACCUCUUCGUACCGAAACCGACCAUCAGGCCCACCAAGCAUGAUAUCUCGUCUAUGCUAUUUGACGCAUUGGCUUGUUCAUCCGAAUCAUCCCGGUUAACAGCUAUUGACCGGCUGGCAAUCUUGGGCGGCAUAGCUUCGGUUUUCUCUUCCCUGGGAUUGAGGAGGCAGAAAGCGUUGAUCAUUAAGGAGUACAUAGCCGUUUUGAUCCCUGCCUUGGUACAGGCCCGGAAAAUCGGUGCAGCUGAGAUGGGAGUUCACCCUACUGCAGGACUAGCAGAAGUCAACAUGGCGAGUGAACAGUUAGGCGGAGCCAAACCGCUCGACUCAGGCCAAGCCGUAUCAGAAGAUAACAUUGAACGGGUUCUCGAAGUCGUUUGCCGUACCUAUGGAAUACCAGCACUCGAACUGUCGACGAAAGCGGAUUCUUCUGACCGACAAGUACAGCGCUUGACUGAGCCGGUUGAGUCUGACCUACAAAAUGCCGCUCCUCUCCAAAGACUUUCCGAUCUCGCCGCCUCUCGCUCCUUUGGCAGCCUGAACCUCAAGCUCGAUGUACUACGGGCCUGCAUUGAUUUGUCUGAAGCUCUACCAAACUUUAAGGGGGUUCUGCAUUUUACUGCCGCUUUACUGCGAGCCGCCGGGCCGGCUAGAGCGCCAAGUUUUAGCACCAUGGGAGUUCUGGUUGUGCUGGCCAAGGAAGAGCAGGUGCGGCUGGCGACCAUUGUCUCUCGGACCAUCAGCGCCGCCAAAACAAUAGGCUUGAAGAACCUGGAAACUGACUAUUGGGAUGAUUUCCUUGUACGCGGCGUUACCCUUAUGGAGCCGUCUCCGUCCAAGCUCCUCUUACGACAUCGCAAAACUGAGCUUGACGGUACGAGGCAACAAAGCAAAACGAACGGUCCAUUUAUCCACAAUCCCUUCAUGAAGAAGCCGGAGAAUCUUGACACUGAAUGGGUCCUGGCGGCCGGCGAGCAGUACGAGUUCAUUGUCACUUUACAGAACCUGUAUGAGUUCGACCUGGAGAUCGAAUCGCUGAAGCUAGUGUGUCAUGAUGUUGAGCUCGAAUCUUUGCAUAGUAAUUUGUGGCUGGGCCCCUGGCGAGCGCAAAAGUUUGCUAUCCCUGCUGUUGCGCGCUCUACGGGCACUGCCCGUGUUACUGGAUGCUCAGUGAAGAUCAAAGGGUGCCGAGAACGCGAAUUUCCUAUCUUCCGCGAACCGUGGCGAGCAGCAAUCGAAAAGAAGAUAAAAGGGAUAGGGCUCCGCGCAGUUGAGGCUCCCAGCUCACUCCCGCUGUCUGGUGCAUCUACUUCAUCGGAUACAAAAUAUGCCACAACCAGUCCCAUAACCAGCAGUCUUGUGUUCACCGUGCUUCCUCAGCAACCUAUCAUCCGCUUAUCACACAUCUCUAUCCCACAAUCUGCAGUUAUGGUUCUAGAGGGCGAACGAAAGAUCUUCUCGAUAACCCUUGAGAACCUGACAGAUACUGCUGUGGACUUCAUUCACGUUUCUCUCCAAGACUCCACCAUGGCACCUCUUCAAGCUCUUCUGAGCAACAAGACACUACCACCAGCUGAGUUCUACGAACACGAGAGGCAACUGCUCGAUCCAUGUGUCCGGUUACAUCGCUCCGGUGAACGUCAACCAACGCAGAUCAAUGCGAAGGGCCAAGCGAUGUUCCAGAUUGAAAUUCUCGGGAGAUACGGCUUGACCGAGUGUGUAGUGCAGUUCAACUAUGCACAUCUAGGGGUACCUUCAGAUCAGAUCAGCGACAAGUUCUAUACCAGACAGGUUUCGGUCCCAGUCGCUAUCACUGUUAAUGCCGCUGUUCAGCUUCAUCGCAUAGACAUUGUCCCAUUCCUUGGAGAUUUCGCUUGGUCGAACCAGCACCGCCAGCGUGCUUUCAGCCGGACCAGCAGCGACAAGUCCACGAGUAGGAGAUCGCUGGCCAAACCUGCCGAUGAAGGAGGGAAUCCCUUCAAAAGCUUACUUGGACGAGUCGGACGCCGGAGUAAUGACGCUGACCACUGCCUUGUGCUCCUCGAUCUUAGGAAUGGGUGGCCCAAUCCGUUGUCCGUUUCGGUACAGGUCCGUGAGAAGUCGUCAGGUGACGACACUCCCGACGAGGAGUGGCGGAGAGCGUAUACCGUACAUAGCCUCAUCCAGCCCGGGCACGUCGAGCGGCUGCUUAUGCUGCUACCGAAGACCUAUCUGAAGAACCCGCAUCUUCCAAUACCCUCCUUGAACCCGGCCAAUCAACGUCAGUAUGUGGUCAGUGCGAGCAACAUAUCUCCAGAGGUCGAGCUUGCUAACCGCGAGCUCUUCUGGUGCCGAGAAUCCCUAUUGAGCAAUAUACGCGGCAGUUGGGAAGACAGUUCCAGCGGCAGGAGAGGCGAGAUCGACCUUCGAGGCAUUCGACUGAGCUCAAAGAUGACCGAAGCAAUGCGGCUUGAUGACAUUGCCGUCGAAAUGAGCGUCACGGCCGGAAUGAACGGUACUGCCAGCUCCGUACGACAGUUCGGACGGUCCAGAUUCGAGAUCACCGUUGAUGAGCAACUGAUCCUUACAACGAAAAUGUACAACAGAUCCGCGUCAUCAAUCUUACCGUUACUGCGACUGCAGCCAAGACUUGCAAGUCAGCCGCACGGCGUAGCACUGGAUCUGGACAAGCGAUUUACCUGCGAUGGUCUGCUGCAGCGACCCUUCCCGCUGCUGCACCCCGGGCAAACCGCAGAGGCCGUCCUGGGGAUAUGUGCUUCCUGCGCGGGUCAUUUCGAGAUCGGUGCGACAGUGGAGGAGAUUCAGCCAUGGUACGAAGAGCGGGGAAGCGGGAAUCAGAACAGAACAAGGGCUGAUACCGGACGGCUGCAUGACAAAUUGAUCGGCGAGGUUGGCAAGCGUAUGUGGCAUGCAUCGGAGGUGUGCUCAAUAGUCGCCAAACAGCCGGAAGCAGGAUGGGUUGAAGACAUUCUGGCAGACAUGGCGGAGUCUGAGAGAUAA